AUGGGCUGCAAUUUGUGCACCUUGCAGAAACGGGAGGAACACUACAAACUGCUGUACGAGAUUGCACAGGUAAACGGGCGUGACUUCUCUAAGGUCGACCAUGACCAGGCGGUGGCGGAGGCCAUCAGGCGAGACCCCAUCGUUGUCCAGGUUCUUCGGCGAACCCCUAACACAGUUGGGGGGGCGUCCCCACACAACCACGGCGGCAUGCCACAGGACGUGUGUGUCAUCGACGUUUGCACACAGACGGACAUCACCUUCGAGCACAUCAUGGCACUGGCCAAGCUCCGGCCCGCGACCCCACCCGUCCCUGACAUCUGUCCCUUCCUUUUGUCUGACAGCUGUCAUUCCAUCCACACAAUGGAGCACGAGUAUUAUGAAUGUCCAGAGUACCUGUCUAACACAACUGCAGGGGUGGAGAGGACGGAAGAGUAUGAAUACGAGGAGGUGGAGCUGUGUCGGCAGAACAACCAGGAGAAGCUCGGCCUGACGCUCUGCUACCGGACCGACGAGGAGGAGGACACCAGCAUCUAUGUCAGCCAGGUGGAGCCAAACAGCAUAGCAGCGAGAGACGGGCGCAUCAAGGAAGGAGAUCGUAUUUUACAGAUAAAUGGCUGUGAGGUGCAAGACAGAGAGAAAGCCGUGGCCAUGUUAUCAAACGAAGAAGCAAGAAGCAUCGUGCUGCUGGUGACGAGACCAGAAAUCCAGGAGGAGGAGGUAUGGCUGGAUGACGAGCAGCAGGAGCUGGUGGAGGAGCUUAAGAUGGAGAUUCUGGAGGAGAGGAGGAACGAUGCUCGGCAGCCGAGUACUGGAGAAGACCAGCCACGGCACCAAGCUGAAGAGGAGAUGACAACAGACACAGCUACGUGUUCCUCCAAUAAUCAAGACAGCGGCUUUGGACGCAGUACAGACAGUCCAGAGCACCAACCCUUGCUUGCCAGACUACACAGGAGGAGCCCGGCCCAUUGCCUGAGGGACCGAUGGCAGGCAGAGCAUCCGCACACCAGACAUGGGAGUGGACAGGACACCCAGAGUCAACGGAUCAUGUCCAAACGUCAAGGCCAAGAAGGGGUUCUCAGUAUUCGCAAUAGUGGAGGUGGGGUGAUAGGAUUAGAGAAUCGAUUCCAGCAACUUCUGGAGCUCAAGUGUCAAAUCCGGAACGGAGGCGAGUGUGGGGUGUACUCUAUUCGACACAGUAUAGAGUGUAGCGUCACUGAGCAGGGAGUAGAGGAAGCAGACGGUGGGGACAGUGAGGGAGGCGGGGGAGGUGUGGAGCAUGAGUUGAGGAUGCUGAAUGACGAACUACGUAGUCUUGAGCUGGAGUGCCAGAACAUCAUGCAGGCGCAUCAACUCCGUCAGACACACAAGCUGGACCCCUCACAGCCGGCGCCCUGCUCACCGGGAUGGAGCCCCAAAGACACGCACAAGCGGCACGGCAGGCUGGCCGACAUCCAUGAACACCCGGAGAGGUCGGACAGCGAUAAGCUAAGGGAGAAGGACAGCUCCAGUGCCUACAACACAGCUGAGAGUGCACGGUCAACACCGCUAGGUAUGGAGAGGUCUCCUGACCACUCGCUUCAGAGACACAUCAGCAUCACCAACCAGAAAAACCUCAGACUAGCCUCCUCCACAUCCUCAAGCCCCAUCCCUAUCCCAAAACCCCACAGCACCCCCAGUCAUAGCAGAGCGGCAGACCAAGGCCUGGUAAUAUCCAGCAGUCCCGACCAGAGCAACCCCUCCAGGUCUGAGUCCGACCCUGCCAUCUCUUGUUAUGACCGCUCUUAUUUUUUUCUCUCUGUGUUGCAGAGCUACAUGCAUCUGCUCCAACAGCACUCAACCCUGGAGUACUCCCAGAGCCAGCUGAGUCUGCUCAGCGUUUGUAGAGAUAAUGUGCACCGGAGUGGACGCCCUGGGGAGCCCCGUCUGGAGUGGAAGGUCAAAGUCCGCGCUGACGGCACGCGCUACGUGGCCCGGAGGCCUGCACGCGACCGCAUCCUGAGGGAGCGGGCGCUGAGGAUCCGAGAGGAGAGGAGCGGAGGCAUGACCACGGACGAUGAUGCCAUGAGCGAGAUGAAGAUGGGCCGCUAUUGGAGCAAAGAGGAGAGGAAGCAGCACUUGGCGCGGGCCAGGGAGCAGAGGAAAAGGAGGGAGUUCAUGCAAAAGAGCCGCUUGGAGUGUCUUAAAGAGGGGCCGGCCAGCGGAGCCGAGGGCAGGAAAGAGAUCAAUAUCUUAGAGCUCAGUCACAAAAAGAUGAUGAAGAAACGAAACAAAAAGAUUCUCGACAACUGGAUGACGAUCCAGGAGUUGAUGAGCCACGGGGCCCGAGUCCCUGAGGGAUCAAAAGUACACAACGCCUUCCUGUCUGUCACAACUGUCUAA